UACUUCCGGCAUCUAUCCAAGGCAAAUGUCAUAAUGUCGUUUUCAAAGCUAAACAUUCAAGAGGCAAAUAGACAUCUUCAGGCUCUCCACAUGAGAGUUCAAGAACUUGAAUCUAUGGUGAAAGAGCAGGCUGAGGCACUUAUCAGGAAAGAUGAGCAAAUGCAGGUGAAAAUAGCUGAGUUGGUGUCGGCUAAAGAGGCGGAGGUAACACAGUUUCAACAGGCGCUCUAUAUAUCAGAACAGAAAGUACAAAAUCUAAUGACAUUGUCUAGGAACAAAGAUGCAAGAAUAUUUCAAUUGAAACAGCGUUGUGAACACUUGGAUGAACUUCUGAAAACAAAGCCGGUAUUGGAAAAUAUUCUUGAAAUCCUGAAACAGGCAGAACAUCAGCACACAAAUGGCACACCCCCUCAGUUACAGCAAGAACAGACAAUGGCAUCCCGAGGGGGCGUUCCAUCACCAGGAGGGGGUAUCUCUAAAUCCAAUUCAAAACCGACCAUAAAUGAUGUGAUAAACUCUCCUCAGAGUGGCGAUCCAAGAAACUUUUCGAUUGGGGAAGACAGUGAUGCUGCAGGAAGUGGAGAUGAAGUCAAGAAAAAGAGUAAAGAGUUGUACCUUUAACCAUGGAUUAAGUCUAGGAGUGUUGGAAGCUCAUUUUGUUAACUUUUUGUAUGAACAGCAUUACACCAGUUGCCAAGUGUUCCAAGAAUUUUGCAACUUUAUAAAAAUAUAUUAGAACAUUGACUGGCUCUUCUUUGACUGACAAAAUGAAAUUGAGGUCUAAUCUAGUCCAGAUGUACUAUAUAUAAUAGCAUAUUUAUUUUGUGGUUGGUGUCAGGGGUAUUAUACGGUAUUAUACAUUCCAGAUAUAUUAAGUAUUGCCAUACAAUGGAAACUGAAUAUUGGUGGAAACCAUGCACUUUUUUCACUUUAAUUGGAAUUUUUACGUGGUUCAGAGAUGGAUGUCUUUCAGUUGGGAUUUUAUGCAAAUAUAAAUGAUUCAAGAGUCUUAAAAUUG